CAGGUCUGGUGGGAAUCUUAGUUGGCUGUUUGAAUUCUUCAGGAGUUGAGAUUCAGAUUUGUUUGCACCAGGAGUCAGUCGUCCAGAUCCCAGGAGAGCUCAUUCCAGAGAUCUUGAUUUGAUCAGCUGGGCGAGCCCACGUGAGUGGAGCCCUGGACAUCAUGGAGAAAUUCAAGGCAGCCAUGGUUCUAGGUGCUGUUGGGGAUGCCUUGGGCUACAGAAAGGGCCGCUGGGAAGGCUGCAUCUCAGGCAAGAAGAUCCAGGAGGAGCUGGCCUCCCUGGGGGGACUCGGGGCCAUGAAACUGGACCCAGACAACUGGCCCCUGAGUGAUGCAACGCUGAUGCACAUGACCACAGCAGAAGCUCUAAUAACAGAUUACUGGUGUCUGGAGGACUUGUACCGGGAGCUGGUGCGUCUCUAUGUUGAGGCGAUGGUGUCCCUCCAGGGCAGAGCCCCUGAUCCUGCCACAGUGGAGGGAUGUGUUCACCUCAAACCACACAACUUCCUGCUCGCCUGGCACACACCCUUCAAUGAAAAAGGGUCUGGCUUCGGGGCAGCUGCUAAGGCCAUGUGUGUGGGUAUGAGAUACUGGCAACCUGAGAGACUAGACAACCUGGUGGAGGUCAGCAUUGAAAUCGGCAGAAUGACACACAACCACCCCACAGGCUUCCUUGGUUCCAUGACAACAGCACUGUUUGCAUCCUACGCGAUUCAGGGGAAAUCUCCUGUGACUUGGGGCCGGGAGCUUCUGAAGGUCAUCCCUCGGGCAGAGGAGUAUUGCAGGAAGACCAUCCGACACAUGGCAGAGUAUCAGGAAAACUGGUUCUACUUUGAGGCCAAGUGGCAGUUUUACCUUGAAGAGAGACAGAUAGAAACAGAUGGACAGAACAAACCUUUGUUCGCUGAUCGCUAUGAUGCUGAGGAGACAGACAAGGUGUAUAAACGCUGGAGCUCAGAGGGCCGUGCGGGCCGCAGAGGUCACGAUGCCCCAAUGAUAGCCUACGAUGCCCUCCUGGCUGCGGGGAGUGACUGGUCUGAGCUGUGUAAACGAGCCAUGUUCCACGGAGGUGAGAGUGAAGCCACAGGCCUGAUUGCAGGUUGCCUCUAUGGCCUCAUGCACGGCCUGAGCCAGCAGGUUCCCUCAGGACUUUAUCAGGAUCUGGACAAAAGAGAGCGGCUGGAGGAGCUGGGGGAGGCGCUGUACAAGGCAGCGUCUGCAGAGAAAAUAGACAAGUAAUCCUGAUCUUCACUGGCCUGAACCCUACUGGCUAUCAGCGGAACUGCACAUGACUCUAAAACUGCUUCCCUCUGUCCCACACCACCCUCUAGUCCUCCUUGGUAGUGUCUCAAUUAUCUUAAGUGGCGUUCUGGUCUCUCAUCACCAAUCUUGCCCUCUUCUCCUUAAAGCUUGCUGCAGCCCACUGUCCACACAUCUGACGCGAAUAUUUUCUACUAGAUCAUGACUCUCUUCCUACAUCUGGAGUCAGUUUAAACCAGGGGAUCUGGCACAGUUUGACCUCUUGGACGACUUAAUCCUGCAAAGACUCAUCUCCCUUAGAGCAACACUAUGUAACUUUUACUGAGCAACAGCGCCCCCUGCAGCCGCACAUACUGAAUAACUCUGUUGGGCUAAGGUCUGACCGAGUAGUCCCACUGAAAGAUGGCUAUUGCCCAUGAUCCCCAAGUUCCUGACCGCGAAGAGCUGCAGCUGUAACAAACUCAACAAACUCUGUUCAGAAUUCUUCACAUUUUAUAAGUUUCCACACUGUAUAUUGGAGGUAAACACGAAGAAAGAAAUCAUUUAAUGACUUCUACAUCUUUUCAACUGAUCAACAGCUCAGCGUUAAUCAUGAACUUGCUGGAUCUAAUUCUGGUUAUUUAAGCUCUAUCUAUCAGUCGGUUAUACACUUCUCUGGGAAUAAAAGUGGCACCAUUCUCCCUAUUCUAACUCAAUGAACCAUCAAACUCGUUUUGAGGCAGCUUUUUCUAAGGUUACAUUAAAAAAAGCUGCAUAGUGUUGCUUCAAAUUUAAAUAACAGAACUGGGGGAAAGAAAAUUCUCAAAACAGUUCAUUAAGAAUUGUGCACUAACAACCAGAAGAUAAUAUUCUUCUCCAAUCCGUUCCUUCUCUGAGGCUAACCUGAAUUAACAUUAAGCACCACGUUGUAUUGUGGAGUAAUUUAAUUUAAAUGUGCAAACAAUGAUGAGUUUUAAGGUCUCAACAUAAGGCUCAGUAAACCUGAUUUCCUGCUUUUAUCUAAAAAUAUUAACUGAAUCUAAGGUGCUGUACUGUAUAACUAUCUUUAGCUGAUCAGUGCAUGUAAAUGUGGUUGAAGUUAUGAAAUGAUUAGAAAUACCAGUUUGAAGUUGUAGAAUAGUAAUUGUUUUCUUUUUAUAUGUAUCACUGUUUGCACUGUGAUGCUCUUAUCAGAUACAGUGUGCUUUAUUGUGAAAGCACCACGAUAUGGUGGAUAUUAAUAUGACAUGACAAUUAAAAUGGACUCAGAUAUUUAUCACGCAUGAGGUGCCUGUCUCUUUGUCUUAACUGCAUCAUGUAUU